GGAAUGCCAAAAAAAGGGUCUAAACCGAAGAAUUACCCAACUCCGUUAACCCUACGUGUUUUUGCGGACAUUUUCUUCCUUCCCCAAAAUGUACUUCUAAAAAUUACUUUUUCUAAACAAAAGGUUAUCAAUCUCAGUGAGAAUUGUCCUCGUCCAACUUCACUUCCAGAUGAUCUCCAACAUUUUCUUCGUAUCCCGGUUAACGAUACUUAUUCAGCAAAACUUCUUCCACAUUUCGAUUCUGCCUACCAAUUUAUUGAAACUGCAAAACAAGAAGGGGAAAAAGUAUUAAUUCAUUGUUUGGCAGGCAUUUCUAGAUCGCCAACAGUUGCCAUUGCUUACGUUAUGCGAUCUAGGAAGAUGACAAAUGAUGAGGCUUAUAAUUUUGUUAAGUGUCGUCGGCCAACAAUUUCACCAAAUUUUAAUUUUCUUGGUCAAUUAUUUGAGUAUGAAAGGAUACUUAGACAACAAAAUAUUUUACCUUUUAAUUCCUCAAUUUCUUCGUCCCCCCCAAAACUUUCUUCCCCGCAAAAUGAAGAAUUAAAUGAAAUUAAGAAAAAAUUAAAAGAAAAUUUAAAAAAUCCAAAUCUUCAACACAAACCCUCACUUCCUCUUAAUUCUUCUCUUCCACCAACAACAAUGGCAAGACCUAAACAUUUAUUGACUUCCAAAGAAGAUUUAAAAAAUUUUCGACAUUCCUGCCCUUCAACUACUUCAAUUUCAUUUUUAUUUAAAUCUCCACUGCCAAAUUCUCCAAUUCCUUCACCUUCAAAUGAAUUUUCAAAAUUAGACAUUUCCUUUUCCAAUCCUUGUUUUGGUUUACAAAAAAUGGAAGAACAAAAGAUACCUCCUCCUCCUCUCCCUCAACCACCUCCUUCACAUCCACCUCUUCCUCUUCCCUCUUCUUGUGAUAAUAAAUUAAAACCAAAAAUAAUAUCUUCAAUAGAAAAUCCAGUUUUUGAUAUUCCAAUAAAAAUAAAAACUUUAUCAAAAAUAAAAGAAGCAACAAUUAAUAGUAAAGAAGAAAAAAAGAAAACAAAAAAAGAACGUAAACAAAUUAAUAGUCACGAACCUUCUUUUGUUUCUUUUUUGGAAAAGGAAGAAAAGUUGGAAUUUUCUGGUUAUAAAAAUUCCCUUUCAACACGUGAAUGUUUGGCAGAUACUGAAGGGGAUGAACUAAUUAAAUUUGGACCUUCACCUGAAUUUGGAAUAACUCCAAUAACUUUUGAUAAAAUAAAUGAAGAAGAAAAUGAAUUGACAAAUAGAAAAAAGAGAAAAGGAAAAAUAAUUAGUAAAUCUUCUUUAAAGUCUACAAAUUUAAUUAAAGAAACAAAUAAUAAUAAACAACAACAACAAACUAAAAUUAAAUUAUAUAGUAAUCAAUUUGCAAAUGCAACAAUUUCUUCAAUUCAAAAUUUAUAUAAAAAAUUACCUCAACCCCCAACAACUUUAUUAAAUAAUUAUUUUAAUGAAAAUCAAAAAUUCCAAACAACAACUUCUUCAAAUAUUCCAAAAUCCUCUUCCUCCUCUCCCUCUCCUUCUUCUUCUUGUUGUAAUCACCGUUUAUUUCCUCAAUUUGGUUGUAGAAAAAGGAAUAAUUCUGAUUUAAUUUAACAACAAAAAUGUAUUCAAUGCAGAAAAUAUUCUUUUAAAAAAUCGCCACUUCCAACAAUUAAUGAUGAUGAAAAAUCGGAUGAAGAAGUGGAAGAAGUAAAAGAUGAAAAGAAGGAAAAAGAAGAAGAAGGGGAAAAUAAGGGAAUAAUAUAUUCAAAAAUAAUUUAAAAUUAUGGGGAAAAUUGUAAAUAAAUAAAUAUUUUUAGGGGUAUGUAUUGUGAUUUUAAAGUGGGGUUUUUGUUUCUGUAUUAAUUUGUCGAAUAUGGGGAGUGUCAUCUGAAAGACCUCGAGAAGCUCAAAUUUCCCGACUCGGUGACAGUGUUUUACUUUUAACAAAACAAUUAGAUUGUCGAGGUGCCGAAUUAAAUGUAGUGAUUAUUGAACAGCUAUUUAUCUCUCACAAGAAUUUAAAGACUAAAAAGGAU